AUGCAGUCAUACAACGAUGGUGGAAAUCUUCAUAUCCAUGGGAAAGUUUAUGCGAUGAUUCGCGAUCUUCUCAAAUCAUCGAAUCUUCUGAUUGGUGAUAAUUCAUCCUACGUGACAAUCUACGUCUAUUUCCUGCUCAUGAAAAUCAUGAUUGUUCUGAUGAUGAUCGGAUGGUCUGGACAUAUGAGUAUGCCGCAGACAUUGUCAACGAUGACGUUCGACGGUGAAACUCGUCCAAAUUCUUCACUUCCAUCGGCAAAGCCGAUAAAAAGUGACGAAAACCCUGCGAAAUCCUUCACUAAGAAGCAAGAUUUGUGA